AUGUCAAAGGGAAAAGUUUGUCUUGCAUACUCUGGUGGUUUAGAUACCUCAAUCAUCUUAGCUUGGUUAUUAGAACAAGGUUAUGAAGUUAUCGCUUUCAUGGCUGAUAUUGGUCAAGAAGAAGAUUUCGAAGCUGCCAGAGCUAAAGCUUUAGCUAUUGGUGCUACAAAAUACGUCUUAGUUGAUGUUAGAAAACAAUUCGUUGAAGAUGUUUGUUAUCCUGCCAUUCAAGCUAAUGCCAUCUAUGAAAAUGUCUAUUUAUUAGGUACUUCAUUAGCUAGACCAGUCAUUGCUCAAGCUCAAAUCCAAGUUGCUGAAGAUGAAGGUUGUUUCGCUGUUUCCCAUGGUUGUACCGGUAAAGGUAACGAUCAAGUUAGAUUUGAAUUAUCUUUCUACGCUUUAAAACCAGAUGUUAAAGUUAUUGCUCCAUGGAGAGAUCCAGUUUUCUUUGAAAGAUUUGCUGGUAGAAAAGAUUUAUUAGCUUAUGCUGCAGAAAAAAACAUCCCAGUUACUCAAACCACUGCUAAACCAUGGUCAACUGAUGAAAACUUGGCUCAUAUCUCAUUCGAAGCUGGUAUCUUAGAAGAUCCAGAUACUACUCCACCAAAAGAUAUGUGGAAAUUAACUGUUGAUCCAUUAGAUGCUCCAGAAACCCCAGAAGAUUUCACUGUUUUCUUUGACAAGGGUAAACCAAUCAAAUUAACCUACACUGAAAAUGGUCAAGAAACUUCUGUUACUGAACCAGUUGAUUUAUUCUUAACCGCCAACAAAUUAGCUAGAAGAAAUGGUGUUGGUAGAAUUGAUAUCGUUGAAAACAGAUUUAUUGGUAUCAAAUCAAGAGGUUGUUAUGAAACCCCAGGUUUAACCUUAUUAAGAAACACACAUAUUGAUUUAGAAGGCUUAACCUUAGAUAGAGAAGUUAGAGCUAUUAGAGAUUCAUUUGUUACUCCAACUUACUCCAAGAUCUUAUAUAACGGUUUAUACUUCACUCCAGAAGGUGAAUAUUCAAGAUCAAUGAUUCAACCAUCUCAAAACACCGUUAAUGGUCAAGUUAGAGCUAGAUUAUAUAAAGGUUCAAUCAUCAUCUUGGGUAGAUCUUCAUCAACUGAAAAAUUAUAUGAUGCUACUGAAUCAUCAAUGGAUGAAUUAACCGGUUUCCAACCACAAGAAGCUUCAGGUUUCAUUGCCGUUCAAGCCAUUAGAAUUAAGAAAUAUGGUGAAGCUAAAAGAGAAAAAAAUGACCCAAUCACCUUAUAA